GUUCUACCAGGUACAUUUUAUUAGGAAGAUUCAAAGUAGCAAGAAGUAUAAGCAGACCUGUGGCAGCUGUAUUAUCAGAAAAGUUGUGCUAGUUAUAAUAUAAACUAGUACAUAAAAUGAUUUCACCCACACGGGUAUGCGGGCUGUUUGUCAUCUUGGCUUCGCAAACAGUUCUGGCAUGUUUCUUUGACAAUGCUGUGCCACUUUGCUUCAAAGAUGACUUUGUCGUGGAGUGUCCGCCAUUUAUCCAGGCGUAUACAAUACUGCAGGCACCACCCCCGACCCUAACUUCGGCUACACCGAUACAAGUGGUGUGGGACAUGCAGUUGACACCGGAGACUCAGUUAGUAACCCCCCCUGGUGGUGAGCAGUAUUCGGCCUCUUUAUUAACGUGUACGGACAAAAUAGGCUACUGUUCUCCGGCAUGGACGAAUGAGCCCAUAGACGAGACAUUCGGCAAUGUGAACAACUGGCCGUCCGAGGGGUCCAUCGACCAGUUCUCCGUCGUCGGCUUUCUGAGCGAGGCACAGUGGUCGCUGUCUGUACUCACGCAGUUCAUUGUACUGGAUGCUGCGACGAAUGCGCAGGAGAAUUGGGCUAUCAUUAUAAACAUGCAGCGCCAGGUGGCUAAUGAACCCGCGGCGGACCAGAAUGUUGCUUGUCCAGGGUAUCCAUACCCUGUGUGCGAGGAGCUCGUUGACUGUUCAAUCAACUCGAUCUGUACGGGUGCAGGCACGCCCCCCAAUACUAUCAAUGAGCUGUGGACGUGCUUCUGCCAGGACGGCUUUGUUGGCGAUGGGGUCACGUGUGAUGCCGAACCUGCGGGAGAAAUAACCUCUACUGCAGACGCAUCAACGCUCAUACCGAUCGUUACGCCGGACUUGCCUACGAUCACGUUCGAACAAUCAUCGACUGACACCGCUAUACCUGUCCCCUCUCCCGAAGCCUUACCCACUACCGAACCAGUAUCGACUACAGCGGCAAUAACCGAUACUCUCACCGACGUUGUCGACACGCUUUCCUCGACGUCAAUUCCUGAGAGUGCCGAGACGGUGUCCACCCUUACGGAUAUUGGAGGCACAGUAACAGAUACAGAUACACUGGUAGAUGUGGUUGAUACUCUCACGUCUACUGUGAUUUCCGGGGGCGCGGAAACCAUAGCCACCACCGCCGAUGUGUUGACUACUUUGACCGGCACGGGCGAUCUGACUGAGAUUGUUGAUACAACUAACGUUGUGGAGACGCUAUCUUCGACUGCAAUCCCCAGCGGAGCGGAGACCAUAGCCACCACCACCGAUGUGCUGACUACGUUGACCGACAUAGGCGAUCUGACUGAGGUUGUUGAUACAACUAAUAUUGUGGAGACGCUGUCUUCGACUGCAAUCCCCGGCGGAGCCGAGACGCUGUCGACGACAACGGAUCUCCUGACCACAUUGACGGAUAUGAGCGAUUUAACAAAUGUUGUUGACACGACAAGUAUUGUCGAUACACUCUCUUCGACCGCGAUUCCGGGUAGUGCGAAAACCGAAACCACUACGACCGAAUUUUUGACCACUGUGACAGAUAUUACUGAUGUGAUUAGCACAGUUGACAUCACAGAUACCGUCGACUCUGCAUCCUCAACCGCGAUCACCAGUGGCGCUGAGACGUUAACAACCGCGACCGAUCUUUUGACGGAUACUACCGACUUAACGAGUGUUGUUGACACUACAGAUACCGUUCCCUUUCCCCCGGCUACCGAUAGCGCUGAAACGGGAACUAGCAAUUCCGAUCUGCAGUCAGCAUUGACGGAUGCAAGCGACUCAACGAGUCUUAUUGGCACUACCGAUGGUGUCGAUACGGCAUCCUCGACCCAGAUCACCAGUGGCACCGAACCCAUCUCAACCACGACAGAUGCUUUGUCAGAUAUAGGCGAUCUGACCGAUGGUGUCGACUCAUCCGAUGGCGUCGACUCGUCCGAUGGCGUCGACUCAUCCGAUGGCGUCGAUACUGUCUCCUCGAGCGCCAGUGCUGGCGGUGCAGAGACGGUCACGACGACGACUGACCUUCUGACCACCGUGUCUGAUGUCAGUGACUUGUCAGAUGUUGUGGCUACAGAGGACAUACAGACCACAACCGUUGACACUGAAAGUGGCGCUACGGAAGGUGUGGAAAGCGACGUCGUGGUUGAAAGCAAUAGCGAGAUAGGCUUAUCCGAGGCUGUAACAGAGACUGCUACCGAUGCCACAGAUGCUGUGCAGCCAAGCGAGGAGGAAUCUCCCGAGGCCAUCGAGUCCAGCGAAGAAGUCCUCACAACACUCACCUCAGAGACAAGCGCCACCGAAACUACCGAAACCACCUCAACCACCUCAAGCUCCAGCACAAGUGAGAUUGCAGCUAUACCUACCACGACCGACCCAACCGUACCGUCGGUACCUACCACGUUUAUUGUGGAGGGUAAUAUUGAAGAUUUUGACGAGCAGUCGUUUAUCCAGGAUCUUAGCGAUACGCUUGGCGUGCCCGCGAAUCAAAUCCAGGUGCUGGAGGCGGAAGCUGCCUCUGUGCGUGUACAGGUAUGUGCUGAGUGA